UUCCGGGCGGUGGCGGCGGCUCCGCGGCGCCGCGCCCUGUGCAUGGCCGUGGCGCCGAGCAUGGGCCCGGAGCGCGUGUGUCCCCGGGAGCCCGGGCUGCCGGAGGGCCCUGACGGCGCGGCGGGGUGGAGCGGCGACGAGGAGGAGGAGGAGGAGGAGGAGGAGGAAGGUGGCGGCGGGUACUUGUACCAGCCACUGAGCCAGGAACCGGAGCAGGGCCCCGGCGAGGCGGGCCCCGGCCUGCAGGAGCGGCUGCAGAUGUUGAGGCUGCACCUGCCCGACCCGCCGACGGACAGCGAGGAGGAGGAGGAGGAGGUGGCGGAAGGCGCCGCGGCUCAGAGCAGCCGCAGCUCCAUCCCCAUGGAUGCAGAGCAUGUCGAGCUGGUGAAGAGGACGAUGGCCAGCGUGAAGCUGCCUACCCUGGGCAUCCCCGCCUGGGCCAGCCAGAUCUCCGAGGAGCAGUGGAAGGACGUGGUGCAGCGCACACUGCAGGCCCGGCAGAGCCUCGGCGGUCCCCGGCCCGAGUGGAAGUGAGAGCUGAGCUGCAGCACAGGAGCUGCAAACCCCAGCCCUCCCUCCACCCUGCAGGCACCCGCUGCCUCCAAGCCAGGUGCUGACAGGACUUGCCAGUAUCGACCUUUCAGUUUCUCCUACUGACAUUGUCUGAUUUACCUUCCCACUCCUCUUUCCUGGUUCUGGCUGGUGCAUAAGUCAAUGUGAUGUCCUUGUGUUGGCUUCCUCUGCCUCUGAGGAGCCUGACUGGUUUCCAUACCUGUGUGCAUGUGGGGCGAGGGGACUUAGCUGGCUUUGCCCAGGUUCCCUCAGGACAAACACUGGACUUGUCCCUGUGCUGACAGUACCUGAGAAAUCCCUCUCCAGGCUUGGGCCCCUCCUCCCAGGACAGGGCCUGUGUUGGAAUAUCAGAGGCAGAGCCAGAUGUGUCAUUCCAAGAGAUUGGUUUUAUUUAGUUCUGUACAUACAGGGACAUCUGUACAAAAUCCAACACUUUCAUACUAUGUAAUGCUCUACUGAAAAUAAAGUACACCAUAUGUACAUAUGAACUGUAA